UCUUCUGCUUCUCCAAUCCGUGGGUUUCAUUCUUCCGGACAGUGUAAAAGGGUGAGUGUUACAGAGAGAUCUCAAAAUGGCUGCAAUGGCGAGAGUAGACCUUGACGGAAAUCCAAUUAAGCCGAUAACUAUUUGCAUGAUAGGCGCUGGAGGUUUCAUCGGUUCUCACCUGUGUGAAAAAUUGAUGGCAGAGACUCCUCACAAGGUCUUAGCGGUUGAUGUUUACAACGAUAAAAUCAAACAUCUUUUAGAGCCUUCAACUUUACCUUGGGCCGAUCGGAUCCAGUUUCACCGUAUCAAUAUCAAGCAUGAUUCCAGGCUUGAAGGACUCAUUAGGAUGGCAGAUCUGACGAUUAAUCUAGCGGCGAUUUGUACUCCGGCGGAUUACAAUACUCGUCCUCUUGACACAAUCUACAGCAAUUUCAUCGAUGCGUUACCUAUUGUGAAGUAUUGCUCGGAAAACAACAAACGCCUCAUUCACUUUUCUACCUGUGAAGUGUACGGGAAAACGAUUGGAAGCUUCCUUCCUAAGGAUCAUCCUUUGCGAAAUGACCCUGAAUUCUAUGUCCUCAAAGAAGAUGCAUCUCCCUGCAUAUUUGGCUCUAUUGAGAAGCAAAGGUGGUCCUAUGCAUGUGCAAAGCAACUGAUUGAGAGGCUUAUAUAUGCUGAGGGUGCGGAAAAUGGUCUUGAGUUCACUAUCGUGAGACCAUUUAACUGGAUUGGUCCAAGGAUGGAUUUCAUUCCUGGCAUUGAUGGUCCAAGUGAGGGUGUUCCAAGAGUUUUAGCAUGCUUCAGUAAUAAUCUCCUGCGUGGUGAACCACUCAAGCUUGUGGAUGGCGGACAGUCGCAAAGAACCUUUGUUUACAUCAAGGAUGCAAUUGAAGCUGUUCUGUUGAUGAUUGAAAAUUCAGUAAGGGCCAAUGGGCAGAUUUUCAAUGUCGGCAACCCUAACAAUGAAGUUACAGUGAGGCAACUUGCAGAGAUGAUGACAGAGGUAUAUGCCAAGGUAAGUGGAGAACCUACUUUGGAUAAACCAACCAUCGAUGUAAGCUCUAAAGAAUUCUAUGGUGAAGGAUACGAUGACAGUGACAAGCGAAUCCCUGACAUGACAAUAAUCAACAGGCAACUCGGUUGGAACCCCAAGACAUCACUGUGGGAUUUGCUGGAAUCAACCCUUACCUAUCAACACAGGACAUAUGCUGAGGCUAUUAAGCGGGCCAUUGCAAAGCCUGUUGCAUCAACCAGCUAAACAUGUUCUAUUCAUUUUGGGAGCGGAAUCCCACUCCGAGGGUGUUCGAUUCUUUUGAAAGCAAACGGUACACAUAUUUAAGUGGUUCGUAUAUAAUAUGAAUUUUUUUUGUUGGGAGCA